CUGUUGGCGAAAUCGGCAUUUUGCUCCAAAACUGGUGCUAUAUAGCGGCAUUGGUCAUUGCGAUACGCGUGUGAGAGCUUGGUAUAAGUCCUCGUCCAGCUGCAACCAACGCUGCGCUGCACGCCCGGCGGUGCCACUCCCAAACUAGCCACAGCAUUAUGGCUGCUGCCAAAGCCGCCGCAACAACUCUAGAACAAAAGCUCAAAAGUUUAGUAGACGCCGUCGACGCCGACGCCGCGUCGCAAGUCUACGCCGGCGCCUUCGGCGGCCUGUCGCUAGGCGAGAGCGUGAAGCAAGGCCCGGCGCCGCCAUCGAGCUGGAGCGAGGGCGACGGCGUGAAGGCGGCCACGGCCGUCUACGCCGGCGCGGCCCAAGCUUUAGAGGCAUUGGCGUCGAAGGCGCCUUUGGUAUUACAGGAGCCCUCCGUAACGACGGAAGCGGCACAAGCGAUCUGCAAAGAUGUAGAAAAGGCAGCAAAUGAGCUCCAGACGGCCGCGGCCUUGCUGCAGACCGACACGGCUGGUGCGGGCGCGCCUCUGAGAGCCAUAGCUCGUGUUAAUGGAAGACGGCUGCUCGACGCGUGGCGUUCACUAGCGGAAGCCCUGAAAACAAACAAAGACGUCCCCCAGAAGACGGGCGUCGCCUGGGAGGCGGCGCAGAUGUGCCACAAAAUCCCGAAGUCGAACCGCACGGCCUACCGACGGGAAUUUCUGCAGUGGGCCAAGGAGUUGAAGGACGUGCGUAUCUCGGCGUCCCGUCGUGUAGAGGCGCCUUCACUUCCUUGGAUGGACUCGUGUCCAUCAGACGAGGCCGUGGGUCAUUUCGGACCGCGUCGAGCGACCGCGACGCGCCGCGCAGGUGCUGACGGAGUUCGAGGAGCUCCUCGCGCAAGAUUAUGAUGAUACAGAGGACGCCUUCGACGACCCUUUCGGGGGUUUAGACGACGCGUAUGCACCUGACCAAGCCCCGGCCGCGGAGGCCUCGGUCGGGUGUCUCAAAGUCGUGGGCCAGCUCUACAAGCAGGCGCUAUUGGCGAUUGAUGAACGAGGCAACGCUGGGAAAUUCGACGACGUUUCUGCAAUGUACGCGGCGGCCGACGCGGUACGAGAGGCCGCCGUGGCGCUGGGGGAAGAGUUGUACGCGCCGCUCGACGGCGACGCGCUCCGGGCGUCUCUCGUCGUAGUUGAUCAAGCGGUGCGGAGGCUCGCGCCGCUGGUCACGCCCGCUGUUGAUCAAAGCCUGCCGCCGCCGCCGGGCCUCGAGCAGCGGUGGCGCGCGCUCUAUUCCCACGCAUGUGAAGCGGUCAGACUCAUAAAAAGUUAG